UAAACACACAUCAACAAACUCACCAUUUUCGGAAAGAAUAAGCUCCAAAAAACAAAAAAGAAGUGAGCGUGAUGAGAAACAAAGCUUACGUUCUGUUCUUCCUUUCAUUAUCCCUUCUCUUUGUAGAUUCAUCUUCAGCUUCUUUCUCGCUCUCAUCAAUAACUCAGUUGCUUAAGAUAGGAAAGAUUUACUCAUGGAGGCCGCAUCCUACAUAUCAUCAUCCUCUGAGGAACGCAGCUAGUUAUGAAAUAGGGGAAAAUAUCACUUACUUAUCCGAUUUUAAAGUCUAUCUUGAUUAUUACAAUUACCUUAAUACUUCUGACGUCUCCGAUAUCUACACGGAUGAGCUCAAAUCAGCCUUAAAGAAGUUUCAGAACACUUUCGGUCUCGUUUCCAACGGCCAGCUUGACAACGAAACUCUUUCGCUGAUCAUAACGCCGCGAUGCGGCGUUCCUGAUAUUUUAAAUAACGUCUCCAUUAUAAUGGAGGAUGGCACGAUGAAGUUUAAUAACUCGUGGUGGCCGACUGGGAAGAAAGAGUUCACCUAUGCUUUUUCUCCAAAAAAUGAUACGACGUUGUCAAGGCCUGCGUUCUCAGAUGCCUUUGACCGGUGGUCCAAUGUGACGGGAUUGUCGUUCACGGAGACGCCGUUGUGGAACGAGUCUGACAUUCAAAUCGUGUUCCGGCCGUUGGAUGGAAAGGAAGGAGUGCUAGGUGGCCCCUUGUUUGAUAACACCACGGGGAGCUUGGUCGUUUAUUUGGACUCCAAUGAGAGCUGGGCAUCGCCGACUGACGCCAUGCACGUGGACAUGGAGUCGGUGGCGAUGCACCAGAUCGGACACGUGCUGGGAUUCGGCCACGCGACGAUACGCGAGGCGGUGAUGUACCCUUUCUUAAAGCCGAAGGAAAAGAAGGUGGUUUUUGCGAAAGCUGAAUUGGAUAGCAUUCACCUUCAGUACGGCGGAGCAGCUGGCGGCGUGGAGCCGGCGGGAUGGAAACUGGUUUCAACUUUAUGUCUUAGUAUUGCAUCUGCAUGGCUUUUUUGGUUCUAACAAAGUAAAAUAAAGAGAAUUAUAACAAAAAUACCAAUAAAUUUUCUUUUUUUUUUUUUCAGAUGCACUUAGUGUCUUUAAGUAAAUAAGAGUGUAAAAAUACUCAUGAGCUUGUUUUAGCAAGUGCAAUUUUUCUCAGACAAUAAAAAAUGGCAAACAUCUGUUUGUUUUGUAGCUUGGGUCCCAUGAUCAUGCUAGGCGUCAAAACUAAUUGAUGUUUGCUAUUUUCACGGUCUGGGAAAAAUUAUAAAAAUAAGUUCAUGAAUACUUUUGUACCCUUGUUCACUUAAAGAACUAGGUGUUUUUGGAGAAAAAAUUUACAGGUAUUUUGGUCCUAUAAUGGAUCUUUUGGCAUAUAUUUAAUUGUAUGGUGCAAAAACUCUUAUUCAGAUGUGUUUUACUUUUAAAUCUGUCAAUAACAAUAUUAUUGUCUCGUUGGAAGUCUCCCGGGGUUGAAACCACUGUGCUUUUAGUUUGUGAUAAAUUUUAUGUUAGGGUUUAUUCGUGUAUUGCAUCUUGUCAUGUCCAUAGUGGUUCAGUUAUUAUUUAUUAAUGAAAAUUCCUUUUAUGCUUU